CUGCAGCCCACCUUCUGCUUGCCAGCCUCGGCAAGGUUUAUGCACUCUUCUGCCCCUUUAUCUUCGCAUACUCGUAACCUGCAAUGACUCUUUCCAACCCUACGAUUCCUCAUGAUACGGUAGUUCUCGUGCUUCUCUUCAAAUAUCAUCUUGUUAUCCUCAGCUUCGGUGUCUCUUCAUGGUUUCUAUACGACUUGCUAAUGAUAUGCAUUUCCUCAUUGUAUCUAUGUAUCUAUACCAUGUAUCACGCUUUUCACGCAACCUGCAUCAUAUACCUCUCCAAUUACAAUCCUCCUUGUAUCACUGCGUCCACGAUUGCCAACAAGAAAUAAGGUCUGAGAGCUGCUUCGCAUGCCCAGUCAGGUGCAGGGCAGCAGACUCACCUAUACAGUGCAGAUACUGACAGGUCGCGGAAGCACUCGAGCGGUUUCCCAAUCUCACCAAUGUUGUAAAGUACAUAUAGCUAAUAACGAUAACUCGAUAGAUAGAAUUGGUAU